AUGGCUUCCGAAGAUGAUCGAAAGUCUCCCAGGAUUGAUCCUGCAGUUUGGGUUGAGCAGUUAAAAAGGAAACGGGAGAUCCAAUUGAAGAAUAUAAAGGUAUGUUUUUCAUUCUUUGUUUUUGCCAUUUAGGUACCCAGAAGUUUAUUUCCCGUAUGUUUCAGUUCCUACAAGAUAAUCCGCACUUGGAGGAAGGUCAGAUUCGUCGCCUAGAUUCGACACUGAAGAGAGUAACUGGGUUCAAGAAGAAAGUCAAGUCUAUUGGAUCAACUGUUUCUCCUGACAGUUUGAUCGCAGAUCUUUCCAAGUUAAAUCUCUCUAACUACAUUGAUGAGAUUGCCCAAUGUGUUGUGGACUCCAAAAUGAAAGUUGAGGAUCUUGAACCGCUAAUUCAAUUUUGCGUCGCAGCAGGUCAGAUUUAUUCUCAAUUUUCAUCUCACGUGGUUGCGGAAUUGAAAAAACAAAUGCCAACAAAGAAGUCUGACACUCUAAAGAAUCCAGCGAAACUCCGAGUCGAUUUAAAGUAAGGUUUCAUUCAUUGUCUUCUGAUUUUAGAUUCCUCUCCGACUUGAUUAUGAAUGGAGUCGUGAAGUCCGAAGGAAUUCAACUUCUCGGUCAAGUUCUGGGCUACCUUAUCCAGACAGAUAAGGCAGACCAUCUUAACAUGAGUGUGCUGAUGCCAUUUUGCAAAUUCUCCUACUUCGACUGCUCAAAUGUUCCUCCUCUGUUCAUCUCGUCUUAUUGUAUAGAAACUAAUGACCUGGAAGCUGAUGUUUUGUCGAAGAAUCAGAAAGCAGCAAUCAAAGGGUUGUUCGGCGAGUAUUGGACCUCCCUUGUCGAUCAUCUGAAUGACACGCGGACUAAAAUGAACGGGUUAUUGAAGUUUAUAAAGCGUCAAGAGAGGACUCGAGGUAUUUACAUAUUUUUAAAUUUUAUUGUUUUGAGUUUAGGUGAUGCCUCACAGGAUGAUCGGAACAAAUAUGAAAAUUUGAAGAGUCAAUUUGAUCGCCUUCAUGCUCAGGCCACGGAGUUUGCUCCAUGGAUUGGAAAGGAGGUCCCUGAAAUGCCAGAAGAGCUAAGUGAUGAUGAGGCCGAUAACGCGGAAGCCCGCCGUCUUCAUGUUGAAUUGUCUGAAGGAAAGCAGUCUUUGUGGCCCGAUGAUGACACGAGAACAUUUUAUGAGCACUUAUGUAGGUCUUGGAAUAGGGUUCGGGCUUAGUUUUAUAUUACUUUAGACUAAUUUAUGCGGCUUUAGAUAAUGUGGAACAUGCCACUCUGCUAGCUGCUCAAAAUACCACUCUGCCAACUGAAGAGGAAAAUGAACUUGAUGGGGAAGAGAUUUCCGAAGAAUCAAUCGAAUCCGAAGUGGAUAAUGUCGACAUGGAAGAGCUGGAAUACCAGGACACCAACGAUGAGGCAGAACAAAUCCCGGAGCAAGAAACAGAAGAAGCGACGAAUGUGGAGGAAGAAGUGGAUACCCCAGCGAAUGAUGAACGUAUGCUGUACUUUUUAUAUUAGUUAUUGGCUUUUAGAAAACUUGUCUCCGUUUUUCCAACCGUCCGGGCCUUCCACCACGAUGGCUGUGUUCUUACAGCGUCUCUCCAAUGGAAUUAACCGAGAGAGGAUUGAUGCAUGCGCUGUGGAGUUCAUCACCAACUUUAAUAGAAGAUCCAAUCGGAAAAAGUUGAUCCAACAUUUGCUUAGUGCACCAUACGAUCGUUUGGACUUGUUGCCGUUUUAUUCUAGGUAUGUUGGGUCGAUAUUUGUCAUGUUUGAAUGCCUAGGGUUUGGAGAUAAUUUUUGAUAUUUUCGGAACUGAAACGAUUGGGGAAACCGAAAAGUGUUAUUUUUCUUCGAUGCAAGUGUGAAAUUAGGAUAAUCGAGGGUGCUGAUUUCGAAAGUUACAUUCAUUUUUUUGAUGGUUGCUUUUUUGUUUAAGUAGUACUCUAAAGUAGUAAUUUUUUGAUUUUUUCAUGAAUAAUACUUUAUUUGGGGGUUUUCAAUGGUGCUGAUUUCAAAUCCAAGAAAAUGAAUAACAUUUUUGAAAUUGGCAAGGUCGAAAACCCCCAAAUCGAGUAUUUGUGAAAAAAAUCAAAAAAUUACUACUUUACAGUACUACUUAAAGAAAAAAGUCACUAUCAAAAAAAAAUGAAUUUUAUUUUCGAAAUCAGUACCCUCGAUUAUCCUAAUUUCGACACUUGCAUCGAAGAAAAAUAAUACUUUUCGGUUUCCCCAAUCGUCCCAUUUCCGUUUGAAUGCCUAAGGUUUGGAGAUAAUUUUCGAUAUUUUCUAGGUUUAUGGCGACCAUCAAACCCUCCGUGAAAGAAGUCCCACAUCAAGUCUGUAACGGCCUUUUGGAGCGAUUCCGCGCCUUCGCCAGGAAAUCCCCGGAUAUGAAGAAGAGAACCGGCCCUCCAGACCGCUCCCAAUGCAUCGAUGCCAAAGUUCAUGUGUCAAAAUAUGUGGCCGAGAUCGUCAAAUUCAAGCUUCUCCCGAAAGCUGAAGGCCUCGCAUGUCUGAGAAGCUUGCUGGUUGAUCUAAAAGGAUACAAAGUGGACAUGUUGUGCGCAAUGGUCGAGAGUAUGGGGCCUUUCAUGUACAAAUCGCCGGAAAGUCACGCCAAAAUGAAGGUUGUUUUGACUGUGAUGAACACAAAGAGCCACAAGAUUAAGGAUUCUCGGCAAAAGGUGGGUUGAAAAAGAAUAAUUUUAUUUUUACUUGAUUUUAUUUUGACUGGAUAUUGUUUUUUAUGUCAUUGUUUUUAGUUGCUACUCGAGAAUGCAUACUUUUGCGUUCUUCCACCGGAAGAAGAAAUAAUCCAAGUGAACAGACGACCCCCCAUGGAGGAAUAUAUCAGUAAGAAUGUCCUCACGGGCCACAAACCACUUCGAGUUCUGAGAAGAGUCGACUGGCUGGAUAGCGGGAUUAGAGGUAACUGACCCAAUGAUGGAGUAGGAUAUGAUUUUUUUCUUUUAGAAUUCACUUUGAAGCUCCUCACCGACGCUUGCGGAGUGCCGUUUUCUGGCUUGGAACGACUGGCGAAAGUGGUGAGCGCGUUGUCAGAUCAUCAGCCAUGGGUCGGAGUCUACGUUGUGGACGAAGUCCUCGAAUUCAUAAGAUUGGCACUGGAAGUGGAGGACCCAACCCUUCAUCAAAGACUCUUCUCAUCAGUGGUUUACAUUGGACAGUUGUUCAAUUACACUGUUUGUGGAACCUUGGUGAUAUUCAAAGUGAGUGAUUUGAGAUUUGUUUUCUGAUUUUUAGGUCCUGUAUCAAGUCAUCAGCCUGGGAAUUACCACUUCGUAUGGAGCUCUGUUGGAUUGUGCCUUGAGGGUGAGACGCAUUCGGCUGACAAUUGAAAUGGUCAAAGUGGUGGGCGAGUUCUUUGGGGAUGGGAAAUCGAAGGAGAGAAUGGACUGCUUCUUGAAGUAAAUCGAGAUUUUUCCUCAAAUUAAUAUUGGUUUAGUUACCUUCUCCUCUUUUAUUACGACACGAAGAGCUAUUGGAGCCAAUACACGGAAGAAUUGGGAGAAUUCCCUCUGGAUGUGGACUAUGAAUUGGAGAAGAUUUUGAAGAAAUUCAGACCAACGGAGAGAGAUUCUUUCCCCAAAUCCAUCGAAGAAGCCAGAGAAGCCGUUCAGGCAAUUCAACUUCAGUACAAGGACAAAGCGGAACAGCUGUUGAGAAGAGGAGAAGCACAAACCAUUCACACGGAGACCAUUGUAGAAGAGAAACCUCGGAAAUUGUUCUGCAUUACUGAAGAUGAUGAUGAAGAAGGGUAAGACUGUUUGAGAAAUGAUUUAUUCUUCAUUUAGAAUCAUGAAAACGUCCCCACAACAGGCUGAAGAAGAGGCAGAACCCUCUCCGGUUCAGACCACCUUCAAAAAACAGUUUGAUUCUUUUGGCGACGAAGAUGAGGAAGAAUUGGAAAUUAAAAAGGAAAGUGUGGUAACAGAAGAAGAUGAGGACUUUAUGAAAGAAUAUGAGAGAGUUCUCUCGGAGACCUUCCAGGUAAGGAAAAAUCUUUUUUUUUUCUUGGGAAAUAGUAUUUUGUGGGCAAAGUUUUGUUUUUUAGACCUCGGUCAUCCCAAAGGUACCUGUAAUUGAUCUCGAAGUCCCACCAUCGGCCAGACAGAAGUUCGAAAGGAAAAUUACGUUCGGUAAGGAGUUUUUUUAGUUGUUUUGAAUUUGAAUUUGAGAUAUUGGUUGUUUUAAAUUUAAAUUUCUGAUACUGAAUGGAUCACGGAUCUGUAAGGGGGUUUUUUGCAAGUAACUCGUGAAAUAGCGGAUCAAAAUUAAUAAAAAUUUGAUUUGUGGAGUCAUUCCUACUUUUUGGUCGAGCAGUUUUCAUCGCCUUAUCCCCUCAGGGAGUCUUACAGUGACGGACCUGAUCCAGUGGCAAAAAAUGUACCAGUUUGCAUUCGGGAAGUAUCAAAAAUGUAGCAAAAUACCUCCCUCUCCAAGUGAAAAAAGUCCGUUUUGCUCACGGAGGGGGGCGCUUUUGAAAUCGGAGUUUUUUCACUUGCAGAGGGAGGUAUUUUACCACAUUUUUGAUACUUCCCGGAUGCAAAGUGGUACGUUUUUUGCCGCUGGAUCAGGCCCGUCACUGUAGAAAUUCAAGUUUUUCACUGAUCCGUUUUUAUUUUCGAGAAUGAACAAUUUCCAUGGUUUUUUGUGAGUAAAACAUGUAAAUAUGAGGUUUGUAGAUUGCUGCAACGGUUUUUAAUUUAACAGACUCUUCGGCAAUCUGUAAGCAUAAUUUUUUUAUGCUUUACUCAACUCAAAUCAGGAGAGUUUACCGUUUUCGAAGAGAAGAAUUAAAAUUUUGCAAAAUCAGUGAAUAACUAUAAUUUCUAAGACUCCCUGAGGGGAUAAGGCGAUGAAUAUUACUCGUCCAAAAAGAAGGAACUCUGUUGACCCCACAAAUGUAAUUUUUACUAAUUUUGAUCCGCUAUUUCACAAGUUAUUUGCCAAGAAACCCCACCAAGUUCGUCUGAGCAGCGCCAUGAAUUGGCUGACUUUUUUUUGCAUUUCAGCAGACGCGAACGAGCCCGCAGAACCAAAAGCCCGAGAGCCGCAGAUGGCCCUGAUGACCAGAAAAGGAAACCGAACCAUCCUGAAAGCGGUGAAUCUGAAAUCCUCGGAGGGAAUGCAAAACGCCUUGUUGGAACAGAAAGAGAAGCAAGAGAAAGAACGAAAGGAAAUGAAGCACAUUACUCUAGCCAUGGACGAACGAAUGUAUCAACAACAAGAAGCGGAUCUACUCGCCAAUUCACUCAGCAAUAUGAGAGUUGUGGGACAGAGGUCACAGAAUGGACCGAGCUUGCCAUAG